UUCGUGUCUAUGCCGUCCGCAUUAUUGCACGACAACUGUCAGAGAAUAUGUGGUACACUAACGUGUCGUCGAGUUUGCUCGUGGCGACGACGUUAAUCUGCGCGAUACAGAAUGGAACUUCAUUUCCAAACUCUCAAGAUGCCACAGAUGAUGCGCAGUGGACACAACUAAUUGAUUCCACUGAACCAAAAAAUUUGAAAACAAUUUCAGAAAGAUGUCAUAAAUCAAUAAAAAGCUUUAACGAAAAAGUACAAAAUGUGAAAUUGUCAACAAACAAUAAACUGCAUGAACCAACAACAAAUCUCGAUCAAUUGGUUACUGAUGUUAAAUCUCAAGUGGAUAGUGCAUCUACCGAUAUUGUAGCCGUUAGAAAAUUAAUACAAAAUGUUGCAUCACGAUUUAAAGACGGAUUUAAGUCGACUGUAUUAAUGACCGAAAUUGAUAGUGAACUUGCGAAUAAUGAAUUAGAAACUGUCCAGAAAACACCAUUGAACAAAAAAAAUCCAUUGAUAAAUCGUGUUAUAAGAUCAUUUGGUAAUCGAUAUAAUAUAAAAAAAAAAACUAAAGAAAUUCUUCAACCAGUAACCAAUGAAAUGUUAAAAGAAAGCGAUAAUAAAAAAGAUAUUAAAAAAAAAUUUUCUUCCGUAUGGAAUUUAUUAAAUAAAUAUUCUAAAACUAUAGAUAGUGACACUUUGAAAACUCUUGAUAUUUUUAUUAAAGGUAUGGCCGCACUAAAAUUUGUAAAAAAGCAAGUUAAAAAGCUUGGAGAUGAUGCAAUUAACCAAAUUAAAGAAGGAGAUAUAUUAUUAAAUCUCAGAAAUGCAGUUGAAGCGGCAAAAGCAUUGAAACUGAAGUUUGAGGAUGAGUGGCAUUUAGAUUCUGGAGAAUUAACUUAUAGUCAAGAACAGAAAGCUGAUAAUAAUCAAACAGAUGAUAAACCUAGCCCACAGGAAGAAAUAAAAGAGAGCAUAGAAAAUCAUGAUGAAACGGAUUCAAUAAAAUCUGAAAAUAAAGAAAAUGAAACAGAAUCUAAAGAUAAAAAUCAAACGACUGGUGAACCUGAUUCUCCAUUCAUAGGACCAUUAAAUUACAAUGCAGAAAACAAAAAUAUUAAACCAAACCUUGAUGGAGAAGAAGAAAAAACAGAAAAAGAUUCGAUUGGUGACGAAUCAAAUUCCAAUUCUUCGAUCAAAAACACCCCAUUAAAUUCUGACAUUGAAAACAAAGAUAAAAAGCCUAGCCAAGUUAAUGAAGUAAACAACGAUUCUAUAGAAGAUAGUUUAGACUCUAAUACUAAAGAUCCAUUAAUAAAAGACAGUGUACUUGAUUCAGAAAAUGAUAAAAAAGAAUCUAUAAAUACACCAAUUGGGAAAUCAGAAAAAAAUAACGCGAAAAAACCAAAAGAAAAAAUACAACUAUUACCUUGGGAAGAUCUUAUCAAAGAAAAAGAUCUACACGUAAGUCAAGAAUCAAAUAAAUGUUUAGAAACAUUAAGAAAAACAAAAAAUAGUUUUGAUUCUAUACAAUAUUCAGCUAAAAAUUCGAUACAAAUGGCAAAAAAAUAUAAAAAUUUAAUAAAAGAAGAAAAUGAAAUAAUUAAAAAAUAUUAUGAUCAAAUGAAAGGAAUCAACGAAAAUCUAUCAAAUAGUUUGAUUAAUGCAUCUUCAAAUAUUUGUGAUAAGGUAAUACCAAUAAAUGAUAAAUACAAAAAUAAAUUUAAAAAUGAUCAAAACAUUAAACGUAUAGAUUACUUAUUGAGUAAAAGAUAUGAUCCCAAUCAAUACAUAUCAAAAAUUUUAGAAAAAGCAAACAAUAAGUCUGGUAUUGGCGGUAUGAAAAAAACCUCUUACUACAAAAUGUUAUCGGUAGGACAUAAUUUGAGAGCCGAAGCGAAAGAAAUGGAUGAUUCUGCAUUAUAUGCAAUGAAUAAAAUCAACGAAGGAAAAUUAUCUUCAUCGAAUUUAAACAAUGAGGUAAAUAGAGAGAAAGUUUCAAAAGCAUGUUAUAUUCAUAAUAUUCUACUGGAAAAAGAGAACGAAAACGACAAAAAAAGAAAAGAAGAAAACAAAAAAAAGGUUAAUGAUGAUAUAAAUACAGAUAAUAUAGAAGACCCAUUCAAAUCAAAUGUCAAUCUUGAUACAGUUGAUAAAAUAGAGCAAACAUCAAUAGUUGAUAAUGAUAAAUCAAAAAUAAAUACAGAAAAUGAUAAUUUAUCCAAAGAAAAUUCCAAGCCAACAAAAAUUAGUACACCGCAAGAUUCACAAAAUUUAAUAUUAGCAAAUAAUGUUCAAAACCAAGAGCCUUUUUCUAAACCAAUAACAGAUAAAAACGAUGCAACUCAAACUGACAUGGAUCAGAAAAAUAAAGAAAUUGAUCCAGAAUCUAAAAAUAAUUUAAAACAACGUAUAAAACGCAAAGACCCUGAAACCGGAAAUGAAGUAUCUGAAGAAAUUGAAAGCAAUGAAGAAAAUAAGGAUAAACCCAUUGAAGAGAAAACUGGUAGUAUAAAUGGACAAGACAUUAGGUCUGAUAGUACAGAAAAUCCAUCAAAUAAAAACAGUAAACCACAAAACCAAAAAGAUCCUACCAACGGCGAAGAAACUCCAAAUGAAAAUGACACAAAAAAAAAGGAAGAUGAUUCCAAAUCAAAAGAAUUAGAACAUGGCAAUAAAAUAGAAAAUCAUGCAGAGACGAAUGUUCCUAAAGAUAAUAAACAUGACCCCAGUGAUGAAUCAGAUAAUAAUAAUUCAGAUAACCUAGACACUUCGAAUAAACAAGUAACAGAAAAUAAAAAUAAUGAACCCGAUGAUCUAUCUCAAAAUAGCACUGAUAAAGAUCCCAAAAUUGAUGAAUUGAAGAAACAAAAUGGACGUAAAAAUCCUGUAACUGGGGAAGAUGUAUCCGAUGAAUAUGGAGAUGAUAAGGACAAUGAAAAUAAAUCGAAAGAAAAGGGUAAUGAAAAUGUGAAUGCGAAAAAAAGUAUAAAACGCAAAGACCCUGUAAACGGAAAUGAAGUAUCUGAAGAAAUUGAAAAUGAUAAAGAGAAAAUGGAAAAACCAAAUGAAGAGAAAACUGAUAAUAAAGAUGGCCAAGAUAUUAGGUCUGAUAGUAUAGAAAAUCCAUUAUAUAAAAACAGUAAACCACAAAACCAAAAAGAUUCUACAAACGGCGAAGAAACUCCAAAUGAAAAUGACACAAUUAAAAAGGAAGAUAAUUCCAAAUCAAAAGAAUUAGAACAUGGCAAUAAAAUGGAAAAACUUGCAGAAACGAAUAUUCCAAAAAAUAAUGAAAAUGAUUUUGGUAAUGAAUCAAAUGCAAAUAGUUCAGAUAACACAGAUACUUCGAAUAAACAUGCGACAGAAAAUAAAAAUGAUGAAUCCGAUGAUACAGCUCAAGAGAACACUAAUGGUGAUACCAAAACUGAACAAAGGACACAUAGGGAUCCCAUAACAAGAGAAGAAGUAUCCAAAGAAAUAAAAAGUAACGAUGAAGACAAAAACAAAUCAAUCGAAAAGAAAAUAGAUAUUAUGCCAGAUAAAAGUAUAGAAGCAGAUGAAAGUCAAUUAAAACAGGCAAAAACUAAAAGUGAUUCCUCGAAAAGCGUUGAACAAAAAAGCUUAUCUAGUGAAACAUCAGAAAUAUUAGAAGAUGAAAAUUUAGAUAGUGUUGAACGAGCCGAACAUGAAGGUGUUGAGGAUGAAAAUAUUAUUCCAGCAAAUAAAAGUAACGAAGUAGAGUCAUCAGUUCAAAACGAUGAACAGGAAACUCCUAAUACUGAUGACCAAGCAAAAAAUCCAAAAGCCAAUGAUAAAUCAAUUCCAAAUGCUAAUGGUUCAUUGAAAGAAAAUGUGCCAAAAGCAAAUGAAGCUGAACCGUCUGAUCCUGAAACUGAUAUUGACCCUCAAGACGAAUCANAUGAUCAGGAUGCCCCUGAUAAUGCUGAUGACCAAGAAAAUGAUCCUACCAAUGGACCACAUAAAGGUAGACGCCGUAGAAGGCCGAGAAAACCCAAGAAUAGUGAGAUCAACCCCAACGAACCGAAUUCGUCGAACGAUGAACAUGUUCCCGAUUCUAAUCCGUCGGAAAAUCCCGUAGCUAAUGAUAAAUCAAUUCCAAAUGCUGAUGGUUCAUUGAAAGAAAAUGUGCCAAAGGCAAAUGAAGCUGAACCGUCUGAUCCUGAAACUGAUAUUGACCCUCAAGACGAAUCAGAUGAUCAGGAAGCCCUUGAUAAUGCUGAUGACCAUGGAAAUAUUCCUACCAAUAGACCACAUAAAGGUAGACGCCAUAGGAGGGCGAGAAAACCUGAUAAGAAAUCUCCUAUUAAUAUUGACUAUAAUAAUAAUCUAAUUGAAUCUCCUCUGUCAAACAUCGUAAUACAAAAAGGAAAUCCAAAGGAAUUCAAUAAUGAUGAGUUAUCUGAAUUUCCUGGAACUCAACGCACACCAGUAAACAGCAUUGAAAAUAAUGAAGAAAACAGAAUUGCAGAACCUUCAAAUAAUCCUUAUAGUACAAUUAAAGGUAAAAAACCAAAGAAAAAGAAACAUGUUAGAAGGAAGAAAGUAAGAACAACACGUACUAAUAAGAGGAGAACGACAACCGAAGAAAAUAAUCAUCAAAAUUCUCACCAUGAGAACCAUAAUAAUAAUGAUAACCGUUCGUCACCUGAAAAAUCUAAGAAACAGCCACAGAAUCAUAUAAAAAAACCAAGAAAUAAAAGACGAGUGAAACGUUUAAGAAGAUUUAUUGUAAACCCGACAACUAACGAGAAAAUACCAUUGGACGAUAAUACUUUUUCUGCUGAUAACGGAUUACCAGAAACUCAAAAUGUUGAAUCAAAAUUAACUAAUGACAAAACCAACUAUGAUGUAUCGCGUCCCAGUGAUUCCGAUUCUGAUGUAGAUGACAGUGAUUAUUCUUCAUUUUUGUUUGAAGAACACAAUUCUGACCAGUGCAAACGCAAUGCAUACGAUAAAUUCAAAAAAGUUUCUUCGGAUGAUGCUAAACAAAUUGCUUAUCGAAGCGUCCUGGAUACAAGUGAGUUGAGAAGUAAUAUGAUAUUUACAAUAAAGAACGCUAUUGUUAACAUACGAAAAUCCAAGACUUCUAAUGAUAUAAAUCAGAGCUUAAGAACUGUCAGUUACAUUCUAAAAACUAAUUUGAAACAUACAGUCAAUGAUUUGGUAAAGAAGAUGUAUCCGUUGGCUAAACAUUUCAAAGUAGAAUUAGAAAAACGUAAAAAAUUAUAUCAGCAAGGCCCACAGUCAACAUAUAAUAUGUUGGCUAACAUUCUCAAAAGCCCACCAACCGUACCAGAUUCUUCUGAACCUAUUCUCCAUCUAAUAUCUCCAGAAUUCAACGUUGAUGAGUUAGUAAACAAUAUAUUUAACAAGCCUAUCAAUGAGAAAUCUUUAAAACAAAAACAGAUCAAAGCUGAAAAAAAACUCAUCGAACUGUCCAUGCAUAUGGAAACAGCAACCAGCAAUAUAGACUGUUUUGUACUGACCACUAUGUCAACAGUAGGCAGUGGUAUGGACACGCUGAACACACUGAAUUCAGGCAGGGUGAUAAUGAGUGAUAAACAUCCCAGAGCCGAAACAUUGAGGGAUGCCGCGGGCAUAAUUGAAGCGAUUAGAAACAUGAUGAACGAUGAAAAAUUUAUGCCGAAAUCGGUCAUUUCCAAAAAUGCCGAUGAUAUUGAUGAAGAUGACGACGAGGAUCUAGAUCAGGUGACUCAGAAAAACGAAGAAUAUUUGAAAACUGUACCCGAUUUAGAUAAGAACGUGCGACUACAUAAGAAAGUUCCAAACAGACGUCAGACAUUGGGAGUCAUCGUUGUACACCCGGACAAGCAGAUCGAGUAUAAAGAAGUGACAAAUACAAUUCAAUUGAAUAAAUUCGUCGGGGAUCAAUCGAAAAAAUACAGAAUUAAAUCAAAAAAUAAUCCUAAAUUUUUGAAAGUAAACAGCAAAAAAUUAAUCAAUUCGAUGGUUGAGGAAGUUAAGAGAAAAGCCGAGAAAAAUGGAAUGACAAAAAAAGAAAUGGUUGACGAAAUAUUAAGAAUGUUGAAGAGUAGAAGCUGAAAUAUUAUAAAAUUAUAAUAAUUUUAGACACACAUUUUGGUUAUUAUCUCUAUGUGUACCUACUGAUCAUUCUAAAUGACAAAAUACUUUAUGC